AUGGAACAAGAACUGUCCAAUCCUUCAAAUGAAGAAACAUCAAUGGAAAGUGAUAUGGACGACGUACCACAAUACUGUGAACCCUGUUCUACAAGAACUACUGAGUCUAUUGCGAUUCAGUAUUGUCAAGAUUGCGAUGAAAAGUUUUGUGAAACAUGUACUGCAAGUCAUAAAACACAAAAAGCUACAAAAAGUCAUGUCAUUGUUGAUAUAAAACUAGCACAGUUCAAUAGUCCAAAGAAGGGAUGUGAGCCAUGUUCAUAUAGUAAUAAAUCUACGCCUGCGACCUGUGUUUGUCAGAAAUGUGAAGAAUUUCUAUGUGAUCACUGCAAAAUUUACCAUCUAUCACAGAAACAGAAUAAAAAUCAUAAAAUGAUUUCUAUAUUAGAAGAUGUGCUGUGUGAACCUUGCAGAAAUGCUGACAAAAAGAUACAAGCUUCUGGAUAUUGUCUGCAUUGUGAAGACCCAGAGCCUUUGUGUCCUUCCUGUGCAGAGCAGCAUACAGCAAUGAAGUUCACAAGAGGUCAUGAACUUUCCUUUGACAUAGCAAACUUUAUCUUAAGAUACAAAGACAAACAAGAAAUCGCAGCAGCUUCUUCUAGUCCAAUUGACCAGCGCACUUGCGACCCAUGCACUUACCGUGAGAAGAGCAUACCUGCAUCACAUUACUGUAAGGAAUGUGAGGAAUUCAUGUGUGAUAUAUGCAUAUUACAACAUAAAGCAACGAAGAAAUUGUCUAGGCACGAAAUCAUUAAUGUCAAAGAUAUAUCACCUUCAGUAGAGAUGUGUGAGCCUUGCAAAUAUGACAAGAAGGAGACACAGGCGACUCAUGUGUGCGAAGAGUGUGAUGAGUAUUUAUGUGGAAAAUGUAGGACAGUUCAUCUAUCACAAAAAAGGAACAGAAACCAUCCUGUGAACAAACUGUCUUCAUCCAUUGCAUGUGAAAAUUGCUCAAAUACAGGCAGUGAUGUCAAGGCUACAAUUUACUGCAAGGACUGUGACAGUCCAAUAUGUGAUACAUGCGCUGAAAGUCACAAAGCAAUGAAACGUACAAGAUUUCAUGUGCUAUCAAAUGAUUUGACAACUUUUAUUUUGAGGUUACAGAGUAAAGAAAACAAAGCGAAAGAUAUACAUGCGGCUAAUGAAACUGACAAUGAUAGAGGAGCAAAACCAAAAACUGGACCUUUUCAUUCAGGUUAA